UUACAACUCCUAUUUUACUUCGAAUACCAGGUUCUGGUUGAGUACGUUGAGUGCGUCGUGCCAUUCGUCUACCUAGUGUUUAAGUCUGUGCUCGAGCUGCUGCCGAAUGUAAAGUUCUAUCCGGGCGGCGCGGGCAAUUGGAGGGCGACCGCAGCGACUAAUCUGCUCGUAUUUGCGGUGCUGGAAGUUGGCUCGCUCGUGCUUGUCCACGUUUUCUUGCUGCGCAAGUUUGCAUUCUCGCCGCUGCAUCAACUCGCGUUUGUUCUAGAGACACAACUUUAUGCUGUACAAGCGACGCUUUUCUCACUGACAGUGUUCGUACUUCAGUACCGGCUCGCGCAUCUAGGUGCUGAUUUUACAUUUCGGUUUGACUGGCUUCGAGUUCUGCAGCUGGGGAAACUAUGCACGCAAAUGUAUACGGCUGUUUAG